UACGCUUCUCUCCCUCUUUCUCAAAAUCUCAAUUCCGCCAUUAACCAAGUCCCUCAAAGUUCGGGCCUCCCCUUUGGAAAUUAGGCUUGGAAAUUUCCGAUAGGGGAGAUGAGGUCUUCCUCAGGAGCAGGGGGGUUCAACAUCAAUGUCAGAACCCAGAAACUCGAAGUCGAUAAUCGUAUAUCUCUACGUUAUUACUAUCGGAUCGCUGAUAAUCUCCUUAAACAGGCUGACAUCUUUCGAGCAGAAAAGAACAUUAUAGAUCUGUAUGUUAUGCUUAUGAGGUUUUCAAGUUUGAUAACUGAAACUAUACCACUUCAUCGAGAUUUCAAGGCAUCUCUUCAAAGAGAGAAACUUUCUUUCAAGAAGAAACUAUUGAAUGCACUGAGUGAGCUGGAGAAAUUGAAGCCAGCAGUAAAUCAGAAGAUCGAGGAACUAAACAGAAAACAAACAAAUCAAGUAGACAGGUGGGGCCAUAACCACCAAAAUGGUUCUUUUGAUUCUUUGCUGGAGUGGCCUGCUGUCAAAAAGAAGACUCAAGCUAAUUAUGAGAUCAGAAAGAUGCCACAAUCUAUUGCACGGGAAGUUACCCAUCAAAGUUCAAGGAGUUACCAAUUCUCCAAUUCAAGACCAGUGGAAGGGCAGUUUCACAAAUUAUCUCUAAAUAUCCCACGUCCAAAGGAGGAAACACUAUCGAGGCAUUCUAUUCUGGGCCCAAAUGGGCUUCGUGGGCAGUGGCAACCACCUAGUACUAAGCAAUUGGUUCAAUAUCCAAGCAAUUUAGACUUAACUCCAAUUGAGAUCCCAAGCCUGGAGCAGCCUGUGAAAGAUGAACUUACGAUCCAAAAAGAAGGUAAUUCACUGAUUGAAAAAUCUACUUUGGAAGCAGUCCUUUUUGAUGACCACCAAUCAGUUCAGGAUGUGGAACCUCCUUCCUUGAUUUCCUUGGACACGGUAGAAACUCCUGUUCAUACUGACAUUGUCAGACAACCUUCUCCUCCACCUGUUCUUGUGGAGGUACAAGAUUUGAGCCCCACUACAUCUCCUCAAAUUCCUGAGUCUGGUUGUGCAAUAGAGAACUCCUUUCAAGAUGAACUGGCUCGCUCCAAAUCACCACUGGAGUUGCACAUUUCGACAACGAUGAUGGAAAACUUCAUGAGGCUGGCCAAGUCCAACACUCAAAGGAACUUGGAAACCUGCGGUGUUCUUGCAGGCUCACUUAAAAAUAGAAAAUUUUAUAUUACCGCUCUCAUCAUCCCAAAGCAGGAGUCAACAUCAGAUUCGUGUCAAACUACGAAUGAAGAGGAAAUAUUUGAUGUACAAGAUAAGCAGUCCUUGUUCCCCCUGGGGUGGAUUCAUGUGAGUAUUAAUGACAAUUAUUGUCUAUUUUUUACAUUGACCAAAAUCAAUGUCUUUGAUUUCUAUAUUUAAACUCUUUCCAUAUAA